CAGCAUCAUGAUAACCUAUUUUCCCCAAAACUUUGUUCCGAAAACCGGUUCAAUCCCAAAAACCUGGUCCAUACCCACAACCAACAAAUCCCUCCUAAACCCUGGCCACCAUCUGUGUCCCUGUUCUUCUUCACUUUCAAACCCUAGUUCAGUUUCUCUUCUUUUUCACCACAAACUUCAUUGUUCACUUUCGUCACCUUCCAUGGCGCUUUCAAUUGCCAGACCCAAACAUAGAUCUUUCACCAACCCUACGCUUAUCCAUCUCUUCUCUACUUCUUCUUCCUCUACAAAUCCACCAAGCAAUCAAUUGAACCCUCAAAACGACACCGAUUCUCAGUCUCUGCCCUCCCAAUCACCAUUCGCUUCUCAGUUUAGCGAUCUCAAAGCCAGCCUCAAACAACAGCGACAAAGCCCACAAUACCAGAACCAAGAAAACAAACCGAAUCGGCCUCCUUUAAGGAAAGCCUUCAAUGCGAGCCACUCUACCUCAGGCUCUUUUGAAGAAAUUAAAAAGAAUCUGGCCGAGUUCCGUUCAAAAUCCUCUGUUCCACCUCCUACCGAAUCCAACAAUGCUGGACCAGUCUCUUACUCUGGCCAGCCACGACAGCAAAUCAGGAUUUCUGACCUCUAUAAGCAACAGAACUUAUCACAGGACACGCAUGGAAGCAGUGCAAGCACCGAAUCUACCCAAUUCUCUGGGAGACUCGCAUUUGAAAAGAUUAAGGAGAGUUUGGCACAGACAAAGCUCUAUGCUUCCGGAAAAAACGCUAGCACGGGUAAAGACGCAACGUCGUUUCCUGGUUUUAGGAGCAACUGGAAUGUUAAACCCACAAAUGAAACUGUACCGAUGACGUCUAGUGUGACAUGGGGGACUCAGGAUUCGGCGUCGCUGUUAUCUAGAAAGGAGGAUGGGAAUGUGAAUGAAAGAUUGAGAACUACUGAAUUCGUGAAAAUGUAUAGUUAUGUGGAGUUGGGAGAUAAGUUGAGGAAUUUGCGGCCGGAAGUGAAGGAUGGAGAAAAAGGGUCGUUUUCAUUGGCGGAGCUGAAUGAGAGGCUUAGGAAGCUAAGACAAAUUGAGGAGAAGGAGGCCGAGUCAACGAUGGGUGGUGUACUUCUUAGGGAUAUACGGGCGAGCUUGUUGGUGCUUGGCAAAACUCAUGAGGAGAAGUCCAGGAAGAGUUCAAGCCAACCACUAAAUAUAUGUACUUCGUUAAGUUCAACACCAAGUUAUAUGACGCUUCCACCAAAGGAGCCAUUAGUUGAAAAGUAUUUCCAUCCAGAUAACAUGUCUUCUGCUGAGAAAAUGAAAAUUGAACUUGCGAAGGUUAGAGAAGAAUUUAAAAUGUCAGAGUCAGAUUGUGGAUCUGCGCGUGUGCAAGUGGCUCAACUAACGACUAAGAUCAAGCAUCUAUCUUCAGUUCUGCACAAAAAGGAUAAGCACUCACGAAAAGGUCUUCAAGAAAUGGUGCAAAGAAGAAAGAAGCUGUUGAAGUAUCUGCGAAGGACCGACUGGGAUUCUUACUGCUUUGUUCUCUCUAAACUCAGUCUCCGCGACAAUCCAGAUUUCAAGCACUAGACUAGAAAUUGUUGACUUGCUAGGCUAGGCUAGGCAGUGAUACAAACCUCAUUGUUGUUUCUGUUUCUGAAUCAAGUUAGUUAAUUUAUCAAAAUUUUGUAUAAUUUCUUCAGGAGGGAGAGAUGGUCUGUUCAUUUUCCCCUCUUUUUCAGAGCAAGUUCAUUCAAAGAUUUGAUUUUUGAAUAUUUUUAGGUUUAUACGAUUGCAAAAAGAUAGGAAAUUUUAAAGUGUUCCAUUGAAAUAA